UUUGCUUCUACUCCUUCUUUUUCUUCUUAUCAAAAUUCACAUCUCUCUUCAUCUUCUUUUCUAUUUAAUAUGAUGAGGAGAAACUUUGAUUCUGCUUCUGGUGUUGAAUAUUUUCCUACCAAUACACUUAAUAGUGUCAAAUAUGAAUUUGAACGUGUUAAUAGUGUCAUGGAUUCUAACCCCAAUAUUUGGAUUCCUGUUUCUCUUCCUCCAUAUUUUCUUGGUAAUCAAGGCCAAGUUUUGAAUCCAACACCUCUUAAUUUCGUUUAUCCGGACCAUGAUCAUGAUGUUCCUCAUCAUUAUGCUGCUCCUCCUCAUCAUCGUGCUGCUCCUCUUCAUCAUAAUGUUGCCUUUCCUCAUCAGCGCAAAGAUUUGAAUCCAACACCUCUUCGUGUUGUUUAUCCUGGCCAAGAUUAUGUUUCUCCUUAUAAUUCUGCUGCUCCUUCUCAUCAUUAUGAUGCUCCUCCUCAUCAUGCUGAUUUUCUUCUUCAACAACGUAAAGAUUUGAAUCCGACACCUAUUAGUGUCAUUUAUCCAUACGAUUACGUUGCCCCUCCUCAUCAUUCUGCUGCUCCUCCUCAUCAUGUUGCUGCUCCUCCUCAUCAUCCUACUACUCAUCCUCAUCAUUCUGCUGCUCCUCCUAAUCAUCCUACUACUAAUCCUCAUCAUUCUGCUCCUCCUUCUCAUAAUUCUGAUAAGUUUUCCUUGUCAUCAAAGCAAAACCAUGUUCCUCAAGAUCGUCGAUCUUUGAAGAAAAUUCUCAAACCAACCAAUACUUUUGAUUCUGAAGAAGAUAAGAAAAGUGGUGAUGAUGAGUAUGAUGGUCGUACACAUAGUAUACCACGUGAAAAAAAUGGUCCAUAUAUAUGUCCCAAGUGCAAUGAGGUGUUUGAUACUUCUCAAAAAUUUGCUGCACAUAUGUCACUACACUAUAAGAGUGAGACGAAUAAUGAAAGAGCUCAGAGACUUCGUGCAAGAAACAAAAGAAAAUAUCGGAAGUUCAUGACGACUCUCAGAAGACCAAAACAGAGGACGGAAUUGGUAGAAGUGGAAUAA